AUCCCUCCAUAGCUGUGGAUAAGCUCGUUUAGAAGGGUGAGCACAUGCUAGGAGUAAAAGGACGGAGGACGUACGGUUAAAGCUGGUGUUUGGUGGCUUUUCUGUCCACGGCGUGUUAUCGGACCUUCCUGUCUCCUGUUCGGUUCAACAGCUCCAUAACCACGGGGACGAGCCAACGGACGAAGCGUUAGCCGAGGAAGAAGCGGGCUUCAUCUUCUCUUACAUCAGACAGAUGCUCCCAGCCGUGCAGCUUGACAGGAGUGGUGGGAUGUGUCCAUUAGCUGACGGACUUGUCCCGAAGGAUGUUACGAGGCUGAGCGAGUCUGCACGAGUUUUCACACCAGAACUAGAUCCAAGAGGGCCCAAUAGACCAGACCAGAGCCCAGAGAGUCCCAGAAUGGGCGUGGGAAAGAACAACACCCCCAAGAUGGACAGUAGCACUGAGCCAGCCAAAUAUGAAGAUGAGAGCAAACAUGAAGCAGACUUUUACCCCAUUCCAGUGGUGGUGAAUGGAGUUGGUGGGGCUGGCCCAGACCAAGACACUGAAAACACAGAGCUUAUGGCCAUCUACACCAAAGGGGAAGUGGAAAAGAGUUCUAUGUCUGAAACCCUGGACAGCACAGACAGCAUUGACGUGAGGAAGAUGGAUAUGAUCUACACCAUCGAAGACACUCCUCCCUGGUACUUGUGUGUGUUCCUGGGCAUGCAGCACUACUUGACGUGUUUCAGCGGAACCAUUGCUGUUCCAUUCCUUUUGGUUGAGGCAAUGUGUGUGGGUUAUGACCAGUGGGCUACCAGCCAGCUCAUUGGGACCAUCUUCUUCUGUGUGGGCAUCACUACCCUGCUGCAGACCACCCUUGGGUGCAGGCUUCCUUUGUUCCAGGCCAGUGCUUUUGCCUUCCUGGCUCCAGCCCGAGCCAUUCUGUCCCUGGACAAAUGGAAGUGUAACACAACAGAUAUCCCAUCAAUGAACAGUACAGAACUUCUACACACAGAGCACAUCUGGCAUCCCAGGAUACGAGAGAUCCAGGGAGCCAUCAUUGUGUCGUCUAUGGUGGAAGUAUUUAUAGGAGCUCUGGGUCUUCCUGGGAUUUUACUCAAAUACAUUGGACCUUUGACCAUUACACCCACAGUGGCUCUCAUUGGACUGUCCGGUUUCCAAGCUGCUGGAGAGAGGGCCGGGAAACACUGGGGCAUUGCUAUGUUGACUAUCUUUUUGGUGCUUAUAUUCUCACAAUAUGCAAGAAAUGUCCACUUUCCUCUGCCAAUCUACAAAGCCAAAAAAGGCUGGACUUCUUAUAGACUACAGGUCUUCAAAAUGUUUCCUAUCAUCAUGGCUAUCCUGGUGUCAUGGUUCAUCUGCUUCAUCUUUACUGUAACUGACGUCUUCCCUCCGGAAAAGGACAAGUAUGGAUUUUAUGCUCGCACAGAUGCUCGACAGGGGAUUCUUGCUGCUGCACCAUGGUUCAAAGUUCCUUAUCCUUUUCAGUGGGGCUUACCGACAGUUACAGCUGCAGGUGUGAUUGGGAUGAUGAGUGCAGUGGUCGCCAGCAUCAUAGAGUCAAUAGGAGAUUACUACGCCUGCGCCCGCCUUUCGUUAGCCCCUCCUCCACCAAUACAUGCAAUCAACAGAGGCAUCUUUAUGGAAGGAAUUUCGUGUGUGCUGGAUGGACUUUUCGGGACAGGAAAUGGCUCUACAUCAUCUAGCCCAAAUAUAGGAGUCUUGGGCAUUACAAAGGUGGGCAGCAGACGUGUGAUUCAGUACGGCGCUGGGAUGAUGCUGCUGCUUGGCCUUGUGGGUAAAUUCAGUGCCCUCUUUGCGUCACUUCCUGACCCUGUCCUCGGAGCGCUUUUCUGCACCUUGUUUGGGAUGAUCACCGCCGUGGGACUGUCAAACCUGCAGUUUGUGGAUCUCAACUCCUCCAGAAAUCUCUUUGUCUUGGGGUUCUCCAUCUUCUUUGGUCUCAUGUUACCAAGCUACCUCAAACAGAACCCACUUGUUACUGGUAUUGUUGAGAUUGACCAAGUGUUAAAUGUGCUUCUCACCACCGCCAUGUUUGUUGGAGGUUCGGUAGCUUUUAUUUUGGAUAACACAAUUCCUGGUUCUCUGGAGGAGCGUGGAAUAAGGAAGUUGAAGCGUGGGUCAGGUGUGAGUGCAGCAGAGCUGGAGGGAAUGAGAUCCUAUGAUCUCCCAUUUGGAAUGGACUUUAUUCGCAAACACUCAGUCUUCAAAUACUUCCCCAUCAGCCCGACAUUCACGGGCUACCAGUGGAACAGGCUGCUGAACGACUGCAGGAGCUGCUCGGGACAUGGAACGGGGGUCAAAACUCCUGAAGGAGGAGCAGAAAGUGCAGUAUAGCUGGACCUUUGAGAGCAGAGGACUUUUCGCUGAAACUACAGGAUGACAGUUAUGAUGCACCGAGUUUAUUAGUAUGUUGGGGUUUUUUUGCUUGUCAAUCUAUUUCUGCUUCCUUCUAGGCUUUUGAAGCAUGCUCUCGCAAGUCACAGCAUGCUGAAACGAUGUCUCUUUUGGGAAGUUAGAGAUAAAAGCGUGUGCACAUGUGUAUUUAUGACAUCAUUCCCAUUCAUUGCAAAGUUUAAAGGUAACUGCUAAAUCCAAUUCAAUACCACAGUAAAUGUGGUCAAAUUGGAUUAUGCAAAAACUCCCAUGAAUAAAAUGUUAUAAUCGAUUAUGCAACCACAAUAGAUAUGCACAAACACAUUAGACGAGAUCUGAAAUGCACAAUGUGACCUCGCACAGAUGGACAUGCACGUGCCACGCACAGAGAUUGUUAUUUUGUGAUUUUUGUUUUGCACUAUCUGCCUCCUGAGUUCUACGCUGGAAUGUCACGUCACAUUUCACCUCCAUAUUUGUCAGGGAUCCCACUCAUCUCACUUAUGUUAUUAAUGUCAUAUGAUAUUACCUCUGUUUACAGCUCUACUGGACACAUAGUCAGUAUUAGGCGCUAAUCGGUUCUGAGAAGUGCAGUAUAUUCUACAAAAUUCUUCUAAAAACAGUUUUAGAGCAGUGGUUCUGGAAUUAGUUAGUUUCAUAUUUUAAAGAUGUAGACAUUAAGCCCAUUACCAAAAAGUGAAGACUCAUCUACAGCUUUAAACAGACCUAAAAUAUCAUCUAGACAUGUGCUCUUAAACAUAUAAGAAAGUGUUGCUUAAAUGACCACUAGAAUUACUAAAUAAUGUUUAACAAUGCAGUUUUUUCCCACUUGCAAUAG